AUGAAACUCGAAGAAAAAAAAAAAAAGAGGACCCAACAAACUACGCCGUCGUGGGCCCAGUCACCGUUGGCCACUGAUCAAUUCUGGAAGCCACCGGCGACUACAAACUGGCCGCCGGUUGCUCGACCCGACGGUACUAGCUGCCCAUCACAUCUCGCGAAGCUCCGUUUCCCCUUCGUCUUACAUAGAGAUGAUCACAUAGCCAAAAUAUAUUGGCCAUCUCGCGGGACUUCAUAAGCUCACCAAGAGGUUAAAAGAUUCUACUUGCUCGCUCGAUUUUAUUUUAUUUUAUUGGAUACAUAGAUGUCGAAGGAUUCGAUUACUGCUGAAAGUUUAAAGUUCAGCGAUUUCCUCAGGCAGCCAUUAAAUGAUCAGAUCAGUUUCUUCGAUUCCCCUGUCUCAAAUCCCCGGAGCAAUGAAGGGGAAUCCCAGGAAAGGUCCGAGAUUUUCUCCGAUGAGUUGCUGCAUUCCAUCAACCAGAUGCUCAUGGAGGAAGACGCAGACGACAAGUAUGUUAUGCUUCAGAGUCAUCCAGAUCUAGAAGCCACAGAGAAGCCCUUCUACGAGCUCAUCGCCAAAAAAUACCCUCCUUCGCCGGAUCGACCAUCGCUCUACUCGAGCCCCAGCCCAGAGAGCUCCGGCGACAAUCAGGGUAAUAACAAAGUCAUCAGGGGCAUCGAUUUCUUCCAGGCCAACUCUGAGAUCGCUGAGUACCAAAAUUGGGAUAUUUACCCUUUUCAUCAGUCUCAAGAAGACCAAUUCACGGAUCAUUUUUUCAAAAAUCUCCCAGCAUCUGAGUACAAUAGGGGAGUUGAAGAAGCGAAGAAGUUCCUCCCCAGUGAGCAUAAGUUGGUCGUCGGUGUUGGAGAAGCAGAUCUCUCCUUGCCACAAGAAUUAAUCGAAAGAGCAGGAAGGAAACAGAAUCGUCAUUCCGAUGCGUCGGGCUACGACGAGGCGACAAGAACAAAGCAGUCGGCUUUCUCGUCUGAAGAUUCAAUGGUUUCAUUGGAGGCGUUAGACGAAGCCCUGCUCUGUUAUGGCGAUAAGUUUCCCAAAGUCGUGAAAACGUUAAGGGAGAAUAUAUACAAAGAAGCAAGCAAGUAUCCCAAAAAUACCAAGCCAAAAGAAGUCGGUAAUAAGAAAACAUCGGAGGAGGAAGCGGAUAUCAACACUCUUCUCCUCCAAUGUGCACAGACAGUAGCCAUAGGGGACAACCCUAGAGCCUAUGCGAUGCUGAAGCAAAUCCGGCAGCAUUCAUCUCUUCACGGCGACGCAUUUCAAAGAGUUGCACACUACUUCGCCGACGGGCUCGAAGCCCGUCUAUCCGGAACUGGGAGUGAGGUCUACCGUUCUCUUGUAUUCAAGCGAAGAACAAUCAAGGAUGUAUUGAACGCCUACCAGUUUUACCUCGCCUCUUGCCCCUUCAAGAAGGUCUCUUAUCACUUUGCGAACCAGACUAUUUUAGACACAAUUCAGAACGCAACCAGAGUCCACAUAGUAGAUUUCGGCAUCUACUUUGGCUUUCAGUGGCCGGUCUUGUUAAAGUUACUAUCUUUAAGGCCCGGCGAGCCGCCAAAGCUUCGCAUCACCGGUAUUGACAUUCCUCAGCCUGGCUUCCGCCCGACGGAGAUGAUAGAUGAAACAGGCCGCCGGCUGGCGGAUUAUGCUGAGCAAUUCGGCGUCCCCUUUGAGUACCACGGAAUCGCAGCCAAAUUCGAUGAUAUCAAUGUGGAGGAGCUUUGCAUUAAAGAAGAAGAGACGCUUGUUGUGAAUUGUUUGUUUCGCUUGCACAGCCCCGCUGAUGAGACAGUCGUUGAAAACUGCCCGAGGGAUAAGGUGCUCAACACCAUUAGAAAGAUGAACCCAGCUGUAUUUGUGAAUGUUGUUCUGAAUGGAACCUAUGGUGCUCCAUUCUACAUGUUUAGGGUUCGAGAGGCACUGUAUCAUUAUUCUGCGUUGUUCGAUAUGCUCGACUCGACGACGCCGAGGGAGAGCGAGAGGAGACUAAUGGUGGAGCGGAAUUUGUAUGGGCCGCUGCUGAUCAAUGCUAUCUCUUGUGAGGGAAUGGAGAGGGAGAGGCCGGAGACUUAUAAGCAGUGGCAAGUGAGGUGUUUGAGGGCUGGCUUUGAAAUGGUGCCUAACAGCAAAGACUUUGUGAAGAAAGUGAAGGAUUGCGUGAGAUCAAUCUACCACAAGGAUUUCACCAUGGAUGAAGACGGUCGAUGGCUGCUUACAGGAUGGAAAGGUCGCCUCUUGUGUGGUCUCUCUGCUUGGAAACCUUUGUGCUUUUAACUGGCAAUGGAACGUAUUAGGGCAUUGAACUCCAUUUUUCACUGCAAAAUACAGCAAAGCUUUAAAAUACCGUUGUGUUGCUCCAAUCAAACGUCAUUUUAUGUGCUUCUGGGAAGGUAACGUUCCUUCUCACUUUCGCGCAUUUUUCUGGUUGAGAGAACAAAAUAGCGUAAGUGAACAGUGCAAGUAAAUGGCAGAAGAUUUGGCGUUCGGCUGGAGCGACCGAACGACGCCAUACGCUCGUUUGGCGUUUGGUUGGAGAUACUCUUAGUGGUGGGGAAGCAUUUUUUUUUAUUCAUGUGAUGCAGAUGAAUAUCCUGGAUUUUAGUUAAGGGAUGAUUGUGCAAUUUAUGAUUUCUUUAAAUAAAUUUGUAGGGUAAUUCUGUCAUGAUGUUAAUUUAAUAGGAUAUUCAAAUAUGUUGUAAAAUAUUUGAGAAGAUGGCGAUAUUCAUUUGGAUUGAUUC